AUGUCAGAGUUCUUUGAAAGUGAUCAUCCUCAGAUGUCUGACAAUUUCUCCAUGUCAGCUACCUACAGGGCCAUCUACAGCCAGCAGAGCAGCCAGCAGAGUAGCCAUGAUGAUGACUCCACUCGCUUCCUGACUCCCUUCAACCUAGAGGAGAGGUCUGACAGUGCAGCGGACAAGAUCAGCACUGCCAGUAACUCCAACAGGAGCACGCCCGCUUGCUCGCCCGUCUUGCAUCCUAAACGUUCGCGCUCGCCCACGCCCCAGAGCCUGGAGCCUGGUGAGAACAUGGUGGAGAAGGGCCACUCUGACCACUCUGACAAGUCCCCCUCCACCCCCGAGCAAGUGGUACAGCGAACCUACUCUCUGCAGUCCGCCCGCAGCGGAGGCAAGAACUCCAAGAAGAGCCAGAGCUGGUACAACGUGUUGAGCCCCACAUAUAAACAGCGUAAUGAGGACUUCAGGAAGCUCUUCAAGCAGCUACCGGACACAGAGCGACUCAUCGUGGAUUACUCCUGUGCCCUGCAACGAGACAUCCUCCUGCAGGGCCGACUCUACCUCUCAGAAAACUGGAUCUGUUUUUAUAGCAACAUCUUCCGCUGGGAAACGCUGCUGACUGUGAGGCUGAAGGACAUCUGCACCAUGACAAAGGAGAAGACAGCCCGCCUCAUCCCCAACGCCAUCCAGGUGUCCACAGACGGUGAGAAGCACUUUCUCACCUCAUUUGGAGCACGGGACAGGACCUACAUGAUGAUGUUCAGGUUGUGGCAGAAUGCACUGCUGGACAAACCCUUGUGCCCCAAAGAGCUAUGGCACUUUGUCCAUCAGUGUUAUGGCAACGAACUUGGUCUGACCAGUGACGACGAGGACUAUGUUCCCCCUGACGACGACUUCAACACCAUGGGGUUCUGUGAGGAGAUCCCUAACGAGGAGAAUGAGAUCAGUAAUGACAACUUGUCUAAGAGCAGUGCCGAGGCCAAGCACGAGGGCAGCCCACCAUCCAUACACAAGAAAUGCAUCAUCACCAACAGCACCAUCAGCUCGUCCAUCAGCAGCGAGCCCCUCUCUGUGAGUCUCAGCGACAUAAUAGAGUUUGACCUCCCUCCAGACGAAUACAUCGACUGCCUCCCUGACGGGGAGCUGCUGGCCUUGCCCCUGGUGCUGGAGCAGAGGCUAGCAGAGGCCAGCGGCCUGGUGCCCUCAACCUCCCUAGACUUCAACGACAAUGAAGACAUCCCCACCGAACUCAGCGACUCCUCAGAGACCCACGACGAGGCAGGGGAAGUGCAGGCCUUCCACGAUGACCUUAAAGGGAGACAGUACAUCGAUGAGGUUUACAAGUUCAGUGUGGACAAGAUGUACGACAUCCUCUUCACAGAAUCCCAGUUUAUGACCGACUUCAUGGAACAGCGCAGGUUCUCUGAUAUAGUGUUUCACUCCUGGAAGAAGGACGACGCAGCGGGGAACCAGACGAGAGAGAUCAUGUACACCAUCUCCCUGUCCAACCCGCUGGCCCCCAAGACAGCCACUGUCACAGAGACCCAGACACUGUACAAGGCCAGCCAUGAGAGUGAGUGCUACAUCAUCGAUGCUGAGGUCAUCACACACGACGUGCCCUACCACGACUACUUCUACACGCUCAACCGUUACAUGCUGACACGGGUGGCCAAGAACAAGUGCCGUUUAAGGGUGUCCACUGAGCUACGUUACAGAAAACAGCCAUGGGGAUUAGUGAAGGGCUUCAUCGAGAAGAACUUCUGGAGCGGGCUGGAUGAGAACUUCCGCCAUCUUGAGUUGGAGCUGUCGAAGGUGGAGGAUGUGGUGUUGGAGUCGGCCCGGCCCUCUCCCAAGGUCAAGGUGGUGAAGACGUCUGUGAGGCGGAGGAAAAGACCACUGGUCCAACUACGGAGCCAGCACCUGGACGACGCCCUCCUCAGCCCUGUCACCACGCCAACCGACGACGAGGUCAUCCACCGCAUCAAACAUGUGGGCGUGACAGGUUCCACUCAGACCAGGCACAUGCCUGAGCAACUCCCUGGAGGCUUUGCCCUCUACAGUGUCUCCAAACUGCUGCUCAUCAUCAGCUUUGUGUGAGUGCACUCUAUCUCACACACACUCCUACACACACACACACACACACAUACAGUAUACACACUCACUUUCAGAUCCAUCUUCAUAAUUUGUGUUUCAUUUGUAGUCGUCUCAGUUCAACUCUCUUUGAAAUCUUUAGUAGUUAAUCUGAUUCUGGGUUAAACAUUUGUUUGUUUUUGUUUGUGUUCUGAAUUUGAUUCCUCUCUCCUCUCCUCUCCUUMUAUUGCUUGCCAUAGGAUCUGUCUAAGGUACAUCUGUCUAAUGAUAAACCACUUAGCCCUGACUAGGAAACAUACU